AUGUACCUCGCUAUUUCUCCUCCCUUCGCUCUGCUUCGUUUGCGAUGGUUUGCCCGUGUGAUAUUGACACCUCUCUCUCCUCGACACAGGUCUUGCCCUAGCUGCCGCUACCGAAGCUCGUUUGUAUCUCCUUCAACGAUCUUCCUCCGGGUCCACACCCGCCAGUAUUGCGGAUGGGAUCACUCUCCCCGGCCUCCAGGAGCCUCUUCUGAGGGAGCUCGAGCUGUGUCCACCCUCACUGCCCAACGUGCCGAGCCCUGCCGGGGGUGGACAAGUUGGUGCUGUAACGCUUGAGGAUGUAUUACAGGCCAGAACCGUCCUCGCGUGGAUAUUCUCACUGAAGGGAGAAUGGGAAUCCACGCUGAAGGUUGUGCCUAGCGAGGAGGAACUCGGCGGGGAGUGGAACGGAGGAGCGGGAAAGGCGGAAUAUUUUGGGAUUACCAGGAUAAAGUCACUUGUUCUCAGAGGUUCGUGAUUUAUGAUUUCCGAAUUGCUAAAAUAGGACUUCCCCACGGAGACCGAGUACUCAUGAAGCUUUUUGGUGUUCUAGGCAUCGCCCUUGCCCACUCGAAACCGGAUGAUCCUUCAUUAGCCUUACAGCUUUACCGAGCUGCUACUCGCCUUCCGUCCACCUACCCUGCCUCGGGGCGGGAUUCUCCGUCCUUUCUCUUGUGGACAGAAAAAGCUCUCUCGCACCAUGCCCUUGCUGCCUAUCGUUGCUGGCUCGCCUCUCAGGACUCCCCGGAGGAUCCUGACUCACCAACCCCUGACGACGGCGCCGAACGACCCGGGGCGGAACCGGGGGAUGAGGGCCGAGUCGGGACGGCCAUUGGAAAGACGGUUGUAGAUGAGGCCAUGGUUGCGACGACAUUCAGGGGAUUUCAUAACUUUGUUGGCAUUACGCAAUCCCAACAAACAACCCUGGGAUCUUCACCUACAACGGAAAAGGGCCUGACUCCGGAAAAAGAGAUGGAGAGGCGUGAGGUUUACAGGAACUACCAUAAAUUUCUAUCGCUUCUUCUCUUGCCUGAUGGCCACCCUGAUAAGCCGAGAUCACAAGACUUGAGGCAGCCAACUCCCAAGAAGAGCGGCACGAUUUCUGUCGUGCCCCAUGGUGCACCGGUUGGUGGGGUGGGGACGAAAGCAGGUACCCGAGAACAGCUGAGAAGUGAGCUCGAAACCAUUGGAGGAGUAUAUGAAGAGCACCUCCUUAGAGGACUGGCUUUUCCAGGCGCUGCGGAGUACCAUGAGGUUAUCGGGGAGUGGGUUGACCGCGUCAUGGAGAAUUGGCGAGCUUUUGGAGGAUCUGGGGAGGACGCUUCGGCGGUGGUUGAAACCCUCUACAAGGCUUCCACCAAAAGCUUCCAUUCCCCGCGAAUACUCAGACACCUAUUCACCGCUCUCACUGCUACUGGGAAUUUUACUGACACGCUGCUCGCAUUGAGCACCUAUCUUGAGCUCAUCCACAAGGCUAAGGAGAGAAUUUCCAAGGGACAUGUAGAGAGGGAUUUUGAUGAUGACAAGACUAUACUCCAAACUGCAGUUGAAGGGAUCCGUGUAUUAUGUGCGGUUAAAGAAGGAGAUGGUGAAAAGGCGAUGACAAUGGCUGAAACCCUGGAGAAAUGGAUCGACGAAUGGCACGUAAAGGAUCCGGAGGUGUUAUCCGAUAUCUACAGAGGCAUUGGUAUGGCGAAUGCAACGUGGGCACGGCAAUCGAUCGAUGCGGAAGGAAGGCCCGAUGCGCAACUGGCUGCAAUCAAGGCGUUCAAAAAAGGAUUAAGUUAUGACAAUUUGGAUGUUGACGGAUGGUAUGGCCUGGCUCUGGUUCAAGUCGAACACGGCGACAUCGAGUCCGCGGUAGAAAGUUCAAAACGAGGCCUCACAUGCUUGAAGUGCCUUGCUGCAGAUGAUGAAGCGGACGAAUUUUGGGACGGGCGAGGGUCAUAUCGACGCCGUGCUAUCCCUUUAUUGCAUCUUCUAGCUAUACUUAUGACCGUAGAAGAGGAUUUCGAAGGUGCCGGGCGGGCUUGCGAAAACGCUUUUGAGAUUCUUGGGGACAAUAUGGCGGUUUUUAGGGGCAUGGGUGUUGGAGAAAAGGAAGGGGUGCUGGAGGUCAAGAUGACACAGAUUGCUAUUGAGGAAGCACUUAGCGGACCAGAAGCUGCCGUUAGAAUGACCGAUAACCUACUUGAUCUUUACGGCCGGUUAUUUGAAGUAACAAAUGCAGUCGGGGCAGACCUACCUACCAGCGCAUUUCGAAAUGUACAAGUGGGGAGUGCCCCUUCUACCCGACCAAGCACUGCAAGUAGGAAAUCACGUCUCCUGGGUGGGAAAAGUCAUAAGAAGGAGUUUGCGGCUUCUGCGACUAAUUUAUCACAAGACAAAUCUAGUUUUCAGCAGUCUGGGAGCAAUGGGGGUGGUUUACUAAUGAAGCGGCCCAAGUCAGGUCAUCAAUCCCUCCAUCAACCAACGGGAACAAUGCUUAAUCCAAACGCCCCGAAAAUCCAAAUCACAGAGCAUAGCUCAACGCAAACCGCAAGCACUUCAAAAAAGCAAAACCGGCCCAAGAGCGUAUCAGGCGGUACCAUCAGGCGAAUGAAGUCUUUUGGGAGCUUGCAUUCCUCGGGGCAUUCAGCAAAGCAAGCUCCCGAAGUCCCAACCCCACCAUUACCUGGCAGCACUGAGGCCUCUUCUGUUAGUGCUGAGAGGAGUCCUGUUGGAAGUGUCAAAGGGCACGAACACCACCACCAUCCACACUUGUUCCACAUGCUUAAAAUGAAGCUACAAAGGCAUCAAUUACAGGAGAUGGGCAGUAGUAAUAGCAGUGUAGUCGCUGCUGGGCAAUUCACAGGCUCAAGCACAUCCUUCGUACCCGACGGAAUCAGGACACCCGUUGAUGGGACAGUCGACGCUGUCUUGGAUAGAUCCGACCUUCCUAGGGCCGGCGAUAUUCCCCACAAUCUUGAGCAAAGUAAACUGCCGCACCCAAUCAGUGCCGUUGGAAGCAGAAUCACAGAUGAGAUCAGGGGCAAGGGCGCAGAGCCUAGAAAUAUCAAGAGACCAGUCUCACUACCGGAGCCCAGGCUAAAGGAAGAGGAUGAAAGAAAGCGGGCAGCGGGCGCGCUCAGGACAGUCUGGAUAUUUGUCGGAGGUCUCUACAGGAGAGCAGGGCAUUUGCAAGAUGCAGCAAUGGCUCUUGAGGAGGCUGCUGGUCUGGUGGGCACUAGAGGCGAUGGCGAAGCGGACAUGUUGACGCAGGCAAGUCUUUCGUUUCCUUUCAGCCCACCUAAUUACUGAUGAGCCGUUAUGGGCUUAGAAAGCACUAUUGGCAUUCGAGGAAGGCAGAACAGAUCUCUCCGCGGAGUUUUUCGACGCAGCCCUAUUCGUGGAUGCCAAUCACCCAUUAGCCACAAUUGGACUGACUAACAUCCUUUUGGGCAUAUCCGUUGUUGACUCAAACCCCUCCGCUCCCACUGCAAAUGAGGGCGCCCCUGUGACCAGACAAGAAAGUGAAGACAACGCCCUUAUCGCAAGAAACCGUGCAAUGGGGCUUCUCCAACAAUUAACGAACUCCCCUCGAGGCUGGGAUGUCCCGGAAGCCUGGUUCGCUUUAGCUAAAUCGUACGAACUCGCGGGCGAAUUCGAGAGGGCCAAAUCGGCUCUGUGGAAAUGUGUCACGUUGGAGGACUGUAGGGGCAUUCGGGGAUGGAGUUCUGUUCGGCCGAGAAUCGUGUAA